GCUAAAAUAGCUAUAUAGAGAUCGUGGGUCUUCCUUCCGCCCCUUGCUUUGCUUCGCUUCGCUUGAACAGGAGUAAGUACCCGGUUCCGCGCGCGCGCCCCGGGUCGUUGGUGCUCUGAGCUGUUCUCUUCGAGCUGUCUGUCUCUCUGCUUCGUGCUUGGUCCUGAUCUGCUCCUGAUCUGCUUUGGCUCGUGUGGUAUUAGACGCAGGCCCGGAGGCAUAUCUCGUGGGCAGUUUCUGUAUUGCCUCAUUCUUUCUUUCUUUCUCUCUCGUUUCCCCUUCUCAGUUCUCUCCCCCUACCUCUCUUUCUUACCCUCUCUACUUUCCCCCCGCCUCACACAAGACAAGAGGAGCAAAACCAUGCACCAAACCCCCCCAUGGCGCCGCCGCACGAUAAUCCACCCGCUCCUCGCAGCGCCCUCGCUGAGGUCCUGACCUGGACUGUUGUGCUUAUUGCCUUUAUGGCUGUGACGGUCAAGUUGGCGCGGAAGAUGAUUCAUACGGGCCGGUUGCAGCGGGAUGAUGUUUUGAUUGGGGGGUCGAUGGCGUGUGCGAUUGUGUACUGCGUUGUGUUGCAUGCGCGGGUUGAGGAGAGUGCUGGGAUAGAUGGGGUGUGGGUGGGUGGUUAUGAGAAGGCAACAUACGCAAACGAGAUCCUCUACGCUGCAUGUCUGGGCCUCGCGCGCCUCAGCAUCCUCGAAUAUCUCCGCGUACGCACUCGUUUUUCGCGCCGCCGUCUCGUUACGCUCGUGCUUGUGUGCGCUAACUGCGCGUUUACGCUUGCGGCUGUUAUCGUGCUGGCUUUUCAGUGUGGACUUCCGCGGCCGUGGGAUAGGAGUGGGGGACGGUGUAUUGAUGUGGCCGGAUUCUGGAGCUUCUUUGCCGGCGCAGACGCCCUUCUCGAUGUAUGCGUCGCGGCUCUGCCGGUAUACCUCCUCCAUGACCUGCGUGUCCCGCUGGAUAAACGCAUCUUGACGCUCGCUGCGUUCGGGCUGCGUGCUCUCACCCUCCCCAGCAUAAUAACCCGCCUAAUCUACACCCUCCACGCACCCUCCCCACCCCCUUCCUUCCCCAGAGCACCCACAAUCGCCACCUCCCUCCAAAUCGCAACUUCCAUCCUCUCCACCUGCAUCCCCUUCACAAACCCCAUCCUCGCCACCCUGCACCAAUCCGGCCUCUUCGCCCCACCCCAGACCAACAUCCCAACACCCCCUGCUCCAAUCUCCACUAAAACAACCGACGAACAUUCCCCCUUCGACCCCCCUCCUCCACCCCGCGACGCCACACCCUCGCGCCUCAGCCGCAUGACGCUCAAGCCUCUAUCCGGGAUUAAGCCGUUGGUUGGCAUGGGUAUGAAGCCAGCGUAUCGGAGAUCAGGCAGUACGGCGUCGGAUCUGGUGCUGAUACAUAAGCGGACCUCGUUUACGAUUGAGUUUGAGCCGUUGGGGAGGGCUACGGAUGAGGGGGAUGCGGGGGAGGGGCUGGAGAUGGAGGCGCAGAUGAAGAUGAAGGAGGUGGGGUUGAGUUCCGGGGGAGGAGGGAAUUGUUGGGAUGCGGGGAGGGGGUAG